GUAGUGUUUAUCUACUUCUCUUCUCCUUUCGUCAAAAAAAAAACUCUCUCCUCUGUCCUAAGUCCUCCAACGAUGACAACCAUAGCUGCAACCGGUCUCAACGUCGCAACUCCAAGAGUGUUCGUUCGACCGGUGGCUCGACUAUCUGCUCCGGUCCGUUUGAACUACCCGUGGAAAUUCAGUUCGAUGAACCGGAUGGUUAUGUCUGUUAAGGCGACAUCUGAGGGAGGGAUAUCGGAUAAGGUGGAGAAGAGUAUUCAGGAGGCUACGGAGACUUGCGCCGACGAUCCGGUGAGCGGAGAGUGCGUGGCAGCUUGGGACGAGGUGGAGGAGCUGAGUGCAGCGGCGAGUCACGCCAGGGACAAGAAGAAGGCUGGUGGAUCUGAUCCUUUGGAAGAAUAUUGCAGUGAUAAUCCUGAGACCGAUGAGUGUCGUACUUAUGAUUGAAACAUGUUAGAAAAUUUAGGUAUCGAUCUUUCUUGUUGUUGUCGUCUUUCUUGUUUGGUUUGGUUUGAUGUUUGUAAUAUGGCGAAUAGUACAAUACAUAUGAGGUGUUUCAUAGAUCUCUACGAGUUUGUGGAGUUGCGUAAGAAAUCAUUAUUUUUAUGAGUUGAAGUGGGUGAUGGUUUGAGCCAUUUGUA